AUGACCGAAGACGACUUGAUUGACCUGCUACGGAAAUGCGAGGUACCCGUGGACCAGUCUGCCCUUGAAUCCGUCUUUCAAGACGAGGAGCAGGGAAGGCUGCUCUCCGAGUGGGCCAAGUCACACCUCGUAGCUGACACGCUGCUCACCAAAAACGAGCUGAACUCAUACCUGGCCGUCGAACAGAAUGGCAAGGCUGAGAGUCUGGCGGCCUCUUCAGACCUGUCUAUGGUCCAGGCGUUCAGCGAUCAGGAGAUCUUUGACGCCAUUGAAGAGCUCAACCGUUCUACCGAUGCUAUUAGCAAGCAAACUGAGACUCUCCGUCAGCAGCAGAAUGCUCUAUCACGGCUCAUCACAACCAAGGGCAAGACUGGGGAUGCUCGCACUGAUCUCAAGGCCAGGCGGCUCCACGAGUGGGGACGUGGUCGCAAAGCUCUGCAGACAAGUGUUGAGCUCCUUUCGCAAGGCGUUGACUGCCGCAUUUCCGAUCUAGACCAGGGAACCAAGGAGCUAGGGCGAGAGUUGACAGACGUUGUUGGUGAAGUUCUUCAGUCUGACGACAAACUCCUUGAAAGCCUUCAGAAGCUCGGCUGGGAACUCGAGACGGAGGACCCCGAGGAGACAGAAAAUGUCGGGCAGCUUCGGGAAAUUUGCGCCAGAUUAAUCAAGUACACUGUGGAAUGCAUCCGUACCAAGCUGGACCGCUCGUAUCUGGAAAGCCUCGAGGCGUUUACAAAAUCAGGCUCUGAAAAUCAGGCUCCAAAAGAAGAGUUGGGAGCGCUUCAAGAAGAGCUGGAAUCGCUUUACUCCGAGAUUCUGCCAGUGGCGCAGAUGUCGGUCGAGCAGCAAUGGUUGGAGCCUUCCCUACGAUCGCUGUCCGCACAGACUGGUCAGGGCGUUGGUCACGCUACCGAGGCAAUUCAAUAUAUUCUCCAUUGCCUGGAGCACCUACAAGACCGAAUAGAUCGGUUGUCCGACCGUGCCACAUCAUUCAAGGCACACGAGAGCGCGACGGGUACCCUUGUGGCCACUGCUAGGGCUGAGCUCUCCGAGCCGGCCACUUCUGAUUCCAUCAAACGCCGUGCCACCGCUGCGUCGCUGUCAUCGCCGGCCCGUCGGUCCCAGCCUACGUUGGCGGACGACAUGAUGACCCCGGCGCCUCGCCGCAGAAGAGCAAACACAAAGUCUCGAAGGCGUUCCUCUGGUGGUGCAUUCUACAACUCUGCGCUGGAGCAUCUUUUGGGCGAGUUGGCAAUCUCUCUACCGGACGUGGAAAACGAAGAUACCGGCGCCGCCGCUUCAGUCCAGGCACAAGUUGCCCAGUUGUCAAAUAUACUGGCAGAACGUACGCAAAAGGCCUGUGACGUCGCUGACAGCGUCCAGUCGGUCUUUGAGCACACAGCUACAGCCCAACUCACAGAAGCACGCACUGCGCUGCAGCUGAUAAGAGAUUCGGUCCUCGCAGAGAGCCCCUAUUCGGAGGUUCACCUUGUGGAUCCAGGGAUUGAGUCCUCCAUAGGAGUGUUGACACAGGAAGUGCACAACGUCACAAGCAGGUUGGAGGGCGUCGAGAGCGAGGCAGCUGUGUUAGCAAAGGGCCGUAACCUUAACAGGGACGAGAUCAUCUCUCGGUGGGGCCGCCGCGGCUGA